CUCCUACAGGUCAUUCAGCCACCCUUUAUAAAGCUGCUGCAAAAAUUGUAGGAAACCCAUUUGAAGAUUAACAUUCCAAAGGAAGGGGGACCCAGAGGAAACAACAAACACACACAAAGGAUCAAGUCCCGUUGCAGCCACUACGAAAGGAGCACCAUGUUCCAGGUUACUCAGUACAGUUUCCUGAAAUUCAUACUGCUUGCAAUGUAUGAUUGGAAGGCAGUUACUGCUUUUUCUAAUGAUUCGCCACUGCUCAACCCCAGCUGGGGAAAUACAGAUAGCCUGCUGCAUUUGUACACAUCCACAGCAAGAAACAGCUUCCACCUCCAAAUUAACUCCAAUGGACAUGUGGAUGGAAGUCCUUCCCAAACAAUUUACAGUGCUGUGAUGAUCAAAUCUGAAGGUGCAGGUUAUGUAGUGAUAAACGGUGUAAAAAGUGGACGAUACCUGUGUAUGGACAUGAAUGGGAAUAUCUUUGGAUCACAUUACUUCAGUUAUGAGGACUGCACUUUCAAACACUGGACCCUGGAAAAUGGUUAUGAUGUUUACCAGUCUCCCAAGUACCAUUAUCUAGUCAGCCUAGGAAAAGCCAAGCAACCUCUUUUUCCUGGUAUGAAUCUACCACUUUACUCUCAGUUUUUGACCAGACAAAAUGAAAUCCCUUUAGUUCAGUUCAACACACCAAAACCCCACAGACAUACCCGAGAUACCAACACUGAUCCCUGUGAUAGUAUUAUAGCAGCUGGAAGUGGUGCUAAAAACAACCCAAAGUCUCAACCAUCCACAUAUCACAGUCCAGCCUAUUCUAAUAGUGAAGAUGAAGACCCAAAUGGUGCAACACUCAAAAGAAGAUUUUUGAGUCCUCGGACUGAUACCAGAUCUUGAACUACAUUGUGAUAUCAACUUGAUUUCUGUCCUAACCAGGAUAUAACAUGAGCAAUUAUUUCAAAGUAUUGUUAUCCUGAAAAUUAACAGAAUAUUAAGCCAUAUUUUCAUAUUACCAGUUCAGAAUAAGAUAUAUUGUGGAACAUUCAGUACAGAAUGAAUUAUGGGCACAUACAAUUAUGUAAAAGGAAUUUUAUAUAUUUGAGUUUACUCAAGUUUCCAUGCUAUGGCCAUCUCUUGUAAAGCUGUACUACUAAAGUCUAUGCCUGAAUGGAACUGAAACAACUUCAGGUACAACUAAAUAUAAACUGGAGCCCCCCUGCCCCCUCCAAAAAUGUAACACUGCCCAGUUCUUUUAGGAGAACCACAUUGUUGAUGACUGAUGCUGUGAAUGAGAUAUAAAUCCAAACUACUUGAUCCAUAUUGCUAUGUAUCUAUUAGGAAUUUGAAACAUUGGAACAAACGUUGGUCUUAGUUUGUGACUUGGUAGAUAGUAUAUUAAUAAUACCAGGAAAUGGACCAAAACAAAAUUGCUAAAUAUACUUCAGGUCCAAUGCUUCUCUUGUGGCCUUAUGAGCUCUGAAUUUUAUUUGCUGUGUCCUUAAACACAGCAAUAAAUGUAAUGCACCAAUAUAUGAUACCAAUAACUAGAAGUUAUUCUAAUAUAUCAACAUGUAAAUUCCCAACUUUAAUCUGCAUAAUGAGCCAAGCUGCUUGAUGAAGCUCACGUUUCAUUUCAUAAUGAAAGUAAAAACUUGCAUGUCUGAACACUUACACAAAUUUUUAAGUUAUGUUAGCAUAUCUCUUGUCCCUUCUUCCCUUUAUAUGGAAAAAUCAACACAAAAUACUUUACCUGUCAUCAAAAUGAUACACCCACACAAGAGAUGCAGCAUACAAUUUUCCAUUGGAAUGUUUCAACUCUUUCUCCUAAUUAGGCCUUGCAUAAAUCUCUUCUUUAGGUCACUUGAAACUGCAAGUGGGAAAAUAAGUCUACAAGAUGUUGGAGAUUUACCACCAUAUACCCAUAACCUGUAGUGCCAGAGUUUCUUUGUUUUCUUGCACUAAACUGUUCAAGAGACUAGGCCAUUAAUAAUGACAUAGUAAUUGAUCAGUUAU